UUCGACUGGUCUAUCGCCUGGGUGAGAAGGGGCAUGGCUGGCAAACUGCUUUGCGGACUUUUUGCUCUCGCGACCGGCGCCACGGCCGCUUCGAUAUCCGGAUCGGCUGGCAUCGAUCCUUCGCAAGUAUAUAUUGGCGGCAGACUCACUUUCCCACAAAUACCUGGCAUCAAUGCCCCGCUGUUCGGCUGGAUAGGUGACAUCCUAGGCUUCGGUGGACUGCCACGCUUGGGUAGCAUUCCUAGUUUUGGAAACCUGCCGGGAUCGGGCAGACUUGACGGCAGUGGUAAUUUUCCAGGCGUCGGUAGCACUCCUGGCAAUGGUGGCCUCACAAGUUUCAGUGGUUUUGGUGGAAACAGUAGAGAUAGCUUUUCAAGUUCCGGUGGUCUUUUCGGUUUAGAAGGUAACAACGAAAAUGGUCUCACAAGCUACGGAAGUCUUCCAGGUCUGGGUGGCAUCCCAGGUUUUGAUGGAUUUCCAACCUUUUCGGGUCCACCAGGCGUUAGUAGCCUGCCAGGUUUCGGAGGAAACGAUGGAGAAAACGGCAAAUCCGACUUGAGUGGAAUUUUUGGGCCAUUCGCCCCCUUUCUACGCCAAAUACCCAUACUCAACCUCUUCAUACAUGGCACCGAUGGCAACAGCAACAGCCCAUUCCCAGACUUCACCAACCUGGACAAAACCCUUGAAACUCUUGGAGGUUUAAAUGGCAGUCGCACUGGCAACUACAGCCUGCCAUCUUUCACUCUUCCCGACACCAGCCAGGGGCCAUUUAUUCCUGGACUCUCGGAAGCUCUUGAGGGCGCCCGUAAGAAUCUCAAAAUAGCCCUUAACAUCUCUGCCGACAUCAGCUCCGGGCUUCGCGACGCCGUGGCAGCUGCCCUGGACAGCGACCAUCCUGCCGACAGUAUCCACAUCAUCAUGAACACGAUUGCCAGCGUUUACAGUACGGUCGCGGCCCAUUGUCCGUUUCUGGUGGUCGGGUCUAGGGUCUUCCACGAGGGAGUCAGACUGGCAGGGGAAGUCGCUCGGUCUAUCGUGAACAUUACAGCGGGAACUGAAGGUGGUUGAUGCCACGACUUUUUCUCACUUCAAUACAACUUUAUUUCUUGAACAAACAGUUUUUCUCGGCAAUACUUUUUCUCGCCUUGUUUGCGUGCAACAACUGUGGACUUUUAGAUUAAUAGUUCUGUUAGGAUAACUUAAUUUUUAAUACUAGCGGUUUUCAAGUACGCCAGUACACAAUGUAACACAACAACACCUUGUUUGAUUAAAAAAUAAAAAUAAAAAUUACAUUACGAAAAUCUUUA